UCUGCUACAGUUGGGAAUUACAUUUGUCCCACUUUAAAAAUGUUCUCCCCAAUAAUCAUGAAUGAAAUUUUACUAAUAUUUCAAAAAGACAAUAACUAAAUAACUGUAAACUCUAAGAGAAUGUCUGGAGAAACAGUUCUUCAGGACUAUGAUGGCAAAGUCAGCAGAGUCAUCCGUGUUGGCACUAGAAAAAGUCAGCUGGCUCGCAUUCAGACAGACAGUGUUGUAAAGAAACUCAAGGAGUUACACCCUGAUACACAUUUUGAAAUAGUGGCUAUGUCAACAAUGGGAGAUAAAAUACUUGACACAGCUUUAUCUAAAAUUGGCGAAAAAAGCCUUUUCACAAAGGAAUUGGAGAAUGCUUUGGAAAAAAAUGAGGUAGACCUGGUCGUGCACUCUUUGAAAGACUUGCCUACUGCUCUUCCUAUGGGUUUCACUAUAGGAGCUGUGCUGAAACGAGAAAACCCCCAUGAUGCUGUUGUCUUGCACCCCAAAAAUAAAGGCACAUGUCUAGAUUCCCUCCCGAACAAGAGUGUUAUAGGUACCAGUUCUCUUCGUCGGGCUGCACAGCUGAAAAAAAGGUUUCCACACCUGGAGUUUAAAGACAUUAGAGGUAAUCUCAACACCCGUCUAAAGAAGCUGGAUGAAAAGGAAGACUUUUCCGCCAUCAUCUUGGCAGCAGCAGGUCUUAAGAGAAUGGGCUGGGAAAACCGCAUUAGCCAGAUCCUCGACCCUGAGGACUGUAUGUAUGCAGUCGGACAGGGAGCACUGGCUGUUGAGGUGAGAGCUCGGGACCAAGACAUCCUGGAGAUGGUUUCUAUAUUGAAUGACUCGGACACUGUGCUGAGCUGCAUCGCAGAAAGAGCAUUUCUCAAACAUCUGGAAGGGGGGUGCAGUGUUCCAGUUGCUGUUAACAGUGAAGUUAAGAAUUCACAGCUCUACCUGUCUGGAGCGGUCUAUAGUCUUGAUGGCUCAGAUAGUCUGAAGGAGACCAUGGAGACAAGCAUCAGCUUAGACAAUCAGACUGAGGAGCAAGAAAUGGUUGAUGAGAAGGUCCAGCGAGUGGGCAUCACCGCUUUAAAGGUGUCAGGAGAAGCUCAGGAUGCUGCAUUGAAGUUAGGAUUGGACCUCGGAAGUCUGCUGCUCAGCAAAGGGGCCAAAGAGAUACUGACUGUAGCCAGACAGCUUAAUGAUGCUCGAUAGUUAUAUGAUUGUCUUGUAAUCAUAGCUGGAGACCAACCACCCCGUUCCAGACACUCGAGCUCUUUUCUCCUUAUAACAUCCCAUAUGAAAGUUUUUAUGAGCACUCCAUGUAUUUACUCCAAGUACAGUAUUUAACUUUUUAUUUUGUGUUGUAAUUAAGAUGGCAAAAUAGCAUUAUUGCAGUCUUUGCUUACUAAAACACAGAAUUGCAGUAAUAAUGCCUAAAUAAUGACUAUAAUGUAAAUCUGUAUAAUUUUCUUUAUACAUUAGAGAGAUGUAUUAUGGAAUACAGCUGCAUUACAGAGAUAAAUAUAUUUUUCCUCAGAUUAAGUCAUGAACUCAAAAUCAUGGUGUGUUGUAUCGGAGCACAUUGAAUUACACUGGGAUGCAAAUAUUUGAAUGCUUGAAUGUCUUCUCCAAUUUACAUUUUAUGUUAUCCAUUUGCUGACUGUGGUUAGAUGUAUAUGUGAAUUUAAUAACCUGUAUCCCACUACAAACCUUUUUGGGUGUGUAUUAGUUUGGAAAUGUUUUAACCAAUCAUAUUUGGCAUGUUUUAUGCCUUUGUUUAGUGUUGUCAUUGAGCUAUUUAAAUCAGUUGUCAGAUCUACAUUUUUCAACGCUUGAAAAUCAAGAUUUUCUUGUAUAUGCAGCUCUUGGUCUGAUGGAGCUGUGAAUUGUAUGGAGUGUCUCAUACGUGCCUUUAUGCAAUGCAUCAUUCUGUUUCAGUCAUUGCUUUCUCUAUUUGAUUUAAUGCUUUUUUUUUUUUAUCAAACUUCCUCUUGUGCCUACAGAUGAAGUAUGUUGAAACUAAGCCAGUAUUAAUUUGCUGUAAUAUUCUAUAACACUGAUUUUUAGUUUACAGUUUAUAGACAUAUUUUAAUUGAUGCCAAGCUGAUUCCAAGUGAACAUGCCUCAUCACAUUUUUAGAAUAUACUUGAAUUGUUAUAUUCCCAAAAUGACUGUACUUUUAGAUUCCUUUUAGACUAGUUUAAUGGCAAUUUCAGAUUCAUGGGUGUUUCACUGUUAAACUGAUCUAAAAGGAUUGAUAUUGUUUGUCAUUCAUUUUGGGAGGUAACACCUACACUUGUAUGUACAUCAAAUUUGUAAGUAGCCUAUAGUGAUUUUAAGAGCAGUUUUUUUCUUCUUUCAGUUGUACUGAUUGUAUUUGCGAAGACCAAAUAAA